CUCUUCAGAGCACAAGACUCAAGAUAUCCGCGAUGCAAGUGGUUGGACUCCUCGUUCUUGCUGCAACUCUGGCUUCUUUCUCCGCCCAGGCUGCCGUCACGGACAACCACCAAUGCUACGUUGAACCUGGCUUCGACUACAUCGCCAACGAUAUCGGGAACGCAACCGCUUCGACUGCAGACGGUUGUUGCACAAAGUGUGAAACCUUCCCCGGGUGCAAAGCAUAUUCCUGGACGGAUCAAAAUGGCGGCACGUGCUGGCUUAAGAGUGGUCGUGGUACUAUCGUCGUGAGCUCAAACGUUCAGUCGGCGACGUUGCAGCCUCUUGGCGACCCCAACAACUUCGGUGGUUGCCAGCUGGACGAAGGCAUCGACUACGUGGGGAACGACAUCGGUAAUGUGCGCAUGCUCAAGCCCCUUGGUUGCUGCAGCUCCUGCUUACACUUCCCCGGAUGUCGCGCCUUCACAUUCACCACAUUCAACGGCGGCACUUGCUGGCUCAAAAGCGCGAAGGGACCGACAGUCGUGAACCCUGCGGCUCGUUCAGCUCAGCCAUACCUGGAAGCCCCGUCUUGUGGACUAGAGUUUGGCGUCGAUUAUGUGGGCAACGACAUCGGCAGUGCUCCGGCCAGUAAAGCGCAGGACUGUUGCGACGUGUGCUCAAAGAAGGACGGUUGUCGGGCGUUCUCGUGGACGGAUCAGAACGGCGGCACUUGUUGGCUCAAGAACCGGAAGGAUGGUACCAUUCUCAAGAAAGGAGUCACUUCGGCUCAAGUCAAGUCUAACCCGGCGUCUCCAAGUUGUGCACUGGAACUGGAUGUGGAUUACAAGGGCAAUGACAUCGGAAAUGCUCCGAGCUCGGACCCGUAUGCCUGUUGCUCCAAGUGUAUGGCCAGAAGCGGUUGCAACGCUUUCUCGUGGUCGAACCACAACGGUGGGACGUGCUGGUUUAAGAGCUCCAAGGGCGCGACAGAGACCAAGAUUGGGGUCAAGUCGGCCAUCGUCUAGUUCAAUUGUUGUUAGCAAGCUACAUGGAUAUAUGCGAUCAUUUCCAUCGAAUGUUUCUAACU